AUGCAUGUAUGUGUAAGUUCACUUAUGCUUUCUAUGGAAGCAACUUUUGACAAUUAUGCUAAUAUGACCUUUGAAAUGCACUUUCGUGGAGAUUAUAUUGAAGCAGUUGCAUUAACCUACCAGGAUAAAGAGAGAUGCUCUUCUUGUUUUAAUCUUUUUCCUAAGAGUACGAAGAAAGUCAGUUUGAAAUAUAGCAAGAGUAAAAGGAAGCAAGAUUUAACUGUUACUGCACACAAAUUUGAUUUUAUUAAAUGUUUAAAUUAUAAUUUAUGGGAAAGCAGUGGUGCCUUUUUAGAUGAAACAAUGUUUAGUAAACUUAAUUCAGCGCAUUUGGAUUUGAGUGGACAGUCAGGUAUUGUCAUAAAAAAUUGUUGGAAAUGCGGUGGUGUUGUCAAUCAAAUCUUUAAAAGUAGUGUUGAAAGUGCAUCUAAAGAAGAAGAUCAUGUGAACAUGAAUAAAUUGUCUGUUGAUUAUACAGAGGAUGAAAUAAAUCAAGUCGUCUACUUUAUCGAAAAGCUAAGCUUUCAGAAAGUCGUGGAUGCAAAAAACCGUGCGUCAGAUAGAGUCGAAGAGCCAUCAUUAAGAGCAGCGCAUACUAUUUGGGAACAAAACUAA